GGCGCUGUGUAACUAUGGAUUUGACAUUCCUGCUCUUGCGCAUGCAGCUCCUGUGAUGCUUCAAAAGGGAGGACAUCAGUAGCUAUUCUCGGACUACCGUUGACUUCGGUGAAUUAUCUGAAACAACAACAAUGCACUUCUACAGUUAAACGAAGAUAUUAAACUAGAGCAUUUUUAUGACUGACGUUAGCUAGCUUGCUAAAUUUCUAACAGGUUAGCUAAGACAUACGUGAUCACCCGUUAGCAUGCUUGAGUAACUGCGUGAGCGUCACAAAUCAAUGAGGACAUGGGGUAGAAGAGCGUGAGCUGGACAUCUCGGAUCAUUGCAAGGCUAGUUUGACAUAGGCGACUUUGACCUCAAGGGCUCCUUGGCGGUAUUUAUAUCUUAAUUUAAAACGAUGUUAGCAGCAAAAUUUUCACGUUUGACAGCGGAUUCGUGUCGUUAUUUUCCAUAUACCCAAUCGUAAUUGUUUUAAAAAUUAUUCAAAUAAAGCAUUUUCCACAUAAAUUAAGGAAGAGCAAUGAGAGAAAGUGUAGUUGGUUUUGUAAUUAUCCGGCCAGGACCUAGACAUUCGAUUUAAUUAACAGAGAACAUUAAUGGAUUGCUGUGUAAUUAUGGCAAAUAUAUUUCUUGAUAAUUAGCCUACUAGCCAAUAAGUAAGGAUUCGACGGGAGCAAUUAAAGCAACUGUGCAAUGAAAAUCUAGUAUUUUGGCUGGAAUUGAUAGGAAAGAAAUGUGCGCAUGAAAUAUGGCUACGAUGUAGCAGCAUUGGGCUGCCUAGCUGAUAAUUAACCCUCCACAAUCUGCUCUGCCGAAACUUUCCCUUAGCAUCAACAUGCCAUCACUGAGCGUUCUAGGGCGUUGUGAUACCGUCUAAUGCAUACGGCUGUGACGAUGUUUGAGGACGUCGGCUGGAUGCUGUUGGUCGCUGUUUUCCUUGUCUCCGUCUUGACAGUGCUCUUGUGGCUGGUACAGCACAAUGUUGGGGGGCGGACUGCUGAUGCUGCCUCGUGGGCUCUGCCAGGGAACCUGAAACCCCAGGUCCUGGCGCGUUGCGUGUGGAGCUCCUUACGUAAACUGUGGAUCAGAAGGGAUGCGGGAGCCGGAGACGAGGGGGUGUGCGCAGCUGGAGCCAAGAGCUUGCUGUCCUCUCUUUUCUCCUUCAGGUCUUUCAGAGAAAAUUGUCAGCGGGCCUGGAUUACAGCGCUCAACGAGCAAGCGUGUCGACACGGGUGCUCAAUACAGAUCACUUUUGAGGACAAUCUGCAGCUCCCCCCAUCUGCCUCCAUCGGUCAGGUGACCUGCAUGGACCAAUCAGCAUCCACUAUGGUGUUGCAGUGCGAUUGUAAAGUUGGCACAUUAACGUUCCCAGUGACUGUCACUCAGCAAUCACCAGCAGCGGUGUCCGUGGAUACAUACCAAGUCACUAUAGCACCAGCACAGUUUCAGCUGGUGGUGUCUCUGGAGGAAGUGGAUGAAGAGGGUCUUCUGGUGUCCUGGUCUUUUUCCCAGCAGCCUCUGCUAUCUCUGGCCGUGUCCCCCUGCCGAGCGCAUCAAGAGGGAUGUGAGGAAGUGGUGGAUGUCAACAUGAUCGAGGAUCUGGUGGAGAAUGCCAUUGUCAGCACUCACCCUGCCAUGAUGGUUAACCUGAAAGCCUGUGAAGGCCCAGCAUCUCCAGCGAAGAGGCAGACUCUGGGGCGGAGCUCUCCUCCACCAGGCACCCCUGUGCAACGGGUUGCAGUCCAUCACCUCAGAGUGACUGGCCUCACAGGAGGGGGGGGCCAGUUAUUCCAGCUGCGGGAGCUCUGCUGUGCAUUUGAUUUGGACCCACCAACCCAGGAGGCGAGGAGUGACUUCCUGCCUGCCCCUGUCAGACCAGGGGCGGAGCUGGAGUGGAACGAGGAUGUGGCUUUCGACCUGGAUGCAGACACCAAGGGGCUGAGGAUACGGCUGGUGGAGAGGAACAGCAUGGGGGAAAAGUUCCUGCCAGGCCAAGCAUCCAUACCCCUGAAUUUCUCACGGAGAACUCCCACUGGACGACAGGUUCUGUCAGUCAGCACAGGCCCCGGGCUCCCGCCCACAGCCACUGUCAUCCUGGAGCUGGUGUUCCUGGAGGCAGGCGAUGCCCAGAACUGUCACCGUGACACUCAGCUCUGUGUACUGCCAAACCCUACGCAGGAGGUGGAAACAGACAACAGCCCAAUUCCCGACUGCAAGAUGGUCAGCAUGGCUCCUACUGUUCAGACACAACAGUUUCUGGCCUGCAAACCAGGUACUGGUUCUCCUUCCUGUUCUCCUCACAGAGUGAAGCAGGCAGAAAUAGCAGUACUCAGAGAGCCCUGUGGAAACUCCAGUCCCACCAGCAGCUUGAAGGCUCUCCUCUCUAAUGGCCUAGACCCCAUAGAUGACACUGCCAUUAGACACCUAAUUAUGAAGCAGGCAUCAUCAAAAAGGGGUGCCACUAUCAUCACUGCGGGGUCAAAGGACCCCAUGGCAGCAGGAGGAUCUGGCUGCACUUCAAUAGCAGACACUGGCCUGCAGGGGGAGCACUCCCUGCUGGGAAAUAACAGCGACAGGUCCAGCUCUCAGAGGGUCGUGUGGCAGAGCUGUGAUGAGGCAGCUCGCUCCAGUAACUCUGAGCGUCACUCCGCUGAUGACCUGGAGUCUGAGACGGGCUCCAACGGGGCCCUGGAGACACGCAGUCUCAAGGACCACAAAGUGGGUUUCCUGCGCAGUGGCACAAAGUUCCUGUUUCGGAGAAGAGCACAACAGAAGGACCCGAGCCUCAGCCGGUCCCACGAGGACGUCUCCAACCUGGGCCAGAACUCCGUCACGCGCAAGAAGUCUGGAAGCUUCUCCCGACGCCUCAUCAAACGCUUUUCCUUCCACUCCAGAUCAAAGAACAAGGCCAACGCUAACGUUAAUGGAGCACCAGCCACCACUGAUGACUAAGAAGUGGGUGGGGGGGCGGUGUCCUCCUGCGCCCUCCAAUGCAAAGAUCCUGAGCCUCAGGCCAGUAGCUUUGUGAACUGAAGGAUGAAAUGAAGUCAGUUUUAGAGUGAAAAUAACUGCUGGAGCAGGUUUCCAAAGACUGACUGUUACUAUGAAACCGGAUCUGAUCAAGCAUCGUGCCUCUCACCCAUGUUGAGAGCACCUGCUUUCAUUUACAGCAAGCACCAGACAAGGCACUUUCCCUCCGAUUCAAGGGAAGGACAUGCAGUUACUUGCACAGAUGCCAAUAAGGGAAGGGGGCAGGAAAGGGAGAGGGCAGCAGGGAAAGCACAAACAGAAGAACAAAUGUUUUAAUGUCCAGUGCAGGAGCCUGCAUUUGUGCUGUAAUAUGUGUAAUGUAGUUUUAAAGCUCCUAUAUCCAUAUUGACGGGUGUAUAUUGCAAAUGUAUGUAAGUCAUAAAAAUAGUUUCCUUUCUUUUUCAUUUCCUUCUCAUUCCCCCUACUACAGCCAAUAAGGGCUUAGGCAUGCCUGCCUUUGACACAGAUCAGUGUUGUUUCUCACUGUCCUCCUAGACCCAUUACACUACUCUAACUCUGACCCGCCGUCCUCAUAGAGGGCCUGACCCACAGCAGGCCACUGAGCCCCAGAGUCGGAUGGCUGUCUCCUGAGGGGAUGGGGUAGUGUGACAUGCUAGAAUAUUCCUGUAGACUAGAGAGGACUACACCCCUUGUACAGGAGUAAUAAUCUCAUUUUUUAAAAACUUGAUUGCCUGAUAUUUAUUUAUUUAUGUAUUUAUUUAUUUAUCUAUUCAUUUAUAGUCAAAUGGUGUGGCUUUUUGUGAAAAAGUCUUAUUUUCUCUUUGGUACAGCACUUCAUAAUAACAAGAAUUUUUUCUUGAAAUGUCAUGUAGCUCCUUGAGUUAAUCAAAAGUUACAAUUUAGUUGUUAAGCAGACAUGUUUAGCCAAAGCAAUUUAUAAAAUUCACAUGGUAAUUCCGGCACACACUUUAAGCUUUUCUUUUAAACUAGUGUGGCUAAAGCCCCCAAGUCUUUGUUGUUAAAUCCCAGUGGUUGUUUCCUCUAGUUUUCUUUAUUAUUGAAAAAUAAAAACAAACAUCAAAGUAUAUUAGA